GAAAUAUUUUUUUUUUUUGAGGACCUGAGAAAUCACACUAAGAAAUUUUAAUCGACAAUCGAGUCAAAGGAUUUUGGUCUCUUUUGCAAGGUUUCCACCUUACUUUUUUUUGUUGUUGUAAGCCUUUGUCGAUUCAAAGUCAAAAUGAGCGGCACAGCUAUGGAAGUCGAUCCCUCUCUGUCAGCAGAGGAUAUCAAAAACCAGGGAAACCAACAAUUUAAACAAGGCAACUAUGACGAAGCUGUCAAACUUUAUACCGAGGCUAUUGCUGCUUCUCCAAAGACGUCUACUUAUUAUGCCAAUCGCGCGGCGGCACUCACUAUGAUGGCGAAAUACAAGGAUGCUGUGUCCGAUUGUCGCAUGGCCACCGAAUUGGAUCCCAACAAUGUCAAAGCUUACUUGCGUGCCGGUAAAUGUCACCUCAGUCUUGGCAAUCUGGAAGAAUCCGGUCGGCAGUACGAAAUGGUGUUGGAGCGCGAUAGUCAAAAUGCUCAAGCUAAAAAUGAGUACAACAACUUACUACACGUCAAGAAUUAUAUUGCCCAAGUUCAGAUGUAUAUGGCCAACGGUCAGUGGGGUUUGGCCUGCAACAGCUUGGAUCGCGCCAUCGCUAUUAUCAACGUCGAAAAUAUCCCUACCAAAUGGAAGAUCUGGCAAGCAGAGUGUGCUUUGGAACAAAAGAAAUACUCGGAAGCCAGCCGAAUCGUAAAUAACAUCGUUCGUCAGGAUACCCAAAAUCCCGACGCGCUGUAUCUGAGAGCUCGUGUCUUUUACGGUCAAGGUGAUAAUGCAAAGACAGUGGCCCAUUGUAUGGAAGCACUUCGCUGUGAUCCCGAUUUCGUCAAAGCACGUACAUUGUUGAAGAAAGCGCGAGCCAUCGAGGCUCAAAAGGAAACCGGCAACACUGCCUUCAAAUCCGGUCAGCUUCAGGAAGCUUACGAUGCAUACACCGCCGCUCUGGACAUUGAUGAAACCAACGAUGUCAUGAACGCUAAAUUAUACUCCAACCGUGCAGCUGUGCUGCAAAAGUUGAAAAAAUUCGACGAAGCGUUGACCGAUUGUAAUAAGGCCUUGGAUCUGGAUCCCGAUUUCACCAAAGUAUACAGUCGCCGUGCGGCAUGUUACAUGGAAACCGAACAAUAUGAGGAAGCGGUUCGCGAUUACACAAAGUUAACCCAAGUGGAUGCUGGCAACAGAGAAUACCACAAUCUUUUGCGCAAAGCCGAAUUGGAGCUGAAAAAGGCGCAACGAAAAGAUUAUUACAAGAUUUUGGGAUUAUCAAAGAGUGCGACCGAAUCCGAGAUCAAGAAAGCCUAUCGCAAGCUUGCCCUCCAAUACCAUCCUGAUAAGAAUGCUGGUGAUGAAAAGGCUGAAGCGAGAUUCAAAGAAGUCGGUGAAGCUUACACUAUCUUGAGCGAUCCUCAAAAGAAAGCACGAUACGAUUCUGGCGCGGACCUCGAAGGCGGCAUGGGCAUGGGCGGCGGUUUCGAUGCCAGCGGAGUGGAUAUCAACGAUGUCUUUAUGCAGAUGUUUGGCGGCGGCAUGGGCGGCAUGGGCGGUAUGGGUGGAGGACGAGGUGGGUUCUCUUCCGGUGGAUUCUCUGCAGGAGGCUUCCCUGGUGGCGGCUUUGGUGGUGGCGGCUUCCCUGGAGGUGCUGGUGGAUACGGACGAGCAGGCUCGCAAAACGGUGGAUACCAAUUCCACUUUGGUUAAACAACGACGAAAAAAGAAAGAUAAUAUCAAGUAUGCAAACAACUAUCGCCCUAUCAUUUUACCAUCCCAUCAUCAUCUUCUAGAAAUAUGCGUCAUUUUUUUUAUUCCUUUUUUGCACGCCUUUCACAUAGUAAAAAAAAAAAUAAGAAAAUCACCUUCAUUUCAUUCAAAAC